GAAAGUACAUUUUAUUUUUUGUAUCAAUAACUUAAAACUAUUUAAAACACUCUAAAUAUUAAAAUUAUGCAAUAUCUUGCUGACGGAAUGUUUAAUAACACCACCCGACGAUCCUUGCAAUGGAAAUACAGAAAUGCCAGGCUGCGUGCACAGAAUUCUCUUCACAGCGAGAGGCGGUUCACCAGGGAACUCCAACAGCCCCAGCGCAUACAAUCAAGCAGCAAUUACUGAAAUACAGAGGCCCCGCUAUAUGACACAAUAGCUUCGACUCUUCAAGGGCCCCUGGAAGGCUGUUCAGGAGACAGCCGGGGUGCAGAUAUUUGCCUCUGAAACAUAAAUGAGAUUGAGCAAAGCAUCCUUACUUGCUUAUCCCCGGAAGGUGACUGGCAGGCUGGGCUCCAGAGCCAUCCCAAGACCUGCUGUAGGCAUAUUUUGGUGUCUUUUAGUGCAAGUGGCUGGUACCUGGCACCAACAUUGUCCACUUGGCUCCGUGGCUGUGAGCAAUGGCCAUGGAAGAUCCUGACAGGAAGACUGAAGUGGUGCUGCUGGCCUGUGGGUCCUUCAAUCCCAUCACCAACAUGCACCUGAGGCUCUUUGAGCUGGCUAAAGACUACUUCCAUGAAACAGGAAAAUACAAAGUAAUCAAAGGCAUCAUUUCACCGGUGGGUGAUGCCUAUAAGAAGAAAGGUCUGAUCAGUGCCAAUCACAGAGUGACUAUGGCAAAACUGGCUACAAAAAACUCAGAUUGGGUGGAAGUUGAUGAUUGGGAAAGCUGCCAGAGCGAGUGGUUGGAAACACUCAAGGUUUUAAGGUAUCAUCAUCAAAAGCUUUUAUCUGCCGAUGUCACUAAUAGUCUGCAGGAUGCUGUACCCAUAACAAAGCUGGGACGGAAGAGAAAACAGGAACAAAACAGGCAUGAGCCCAUUAAAAAGAAAAAUCAGAGUCCAGUUGUAAAAAGUGUCCCACAGGUUAAACUGCUUUGUGGAAGUGACAUGCUGGAAUCUUUUGGAGUCCCCAAUCUGUGGAAGUUGGAGGACAUCACUGAAAUUGUGGAAAAACACGGCCUUGUGUGUAUCAGUAGGGCCGGAAACAACGUUCAGAAAUUCAUCUACGAAUCGGAUAUUUUGUGGAGACAUAAGAAUAACAUUCACCUUGUGGAAGAAUGGAUCACAAAUGAUAUUUCCUCCACCAAGAUCCGGAGAGCCUUGCGGAGGGGGCAGAGCAUUCGGUACCUGGUGCCUGACGUGGUGCGGACGUACAUCGAGAAGAACAGGCUGUACAGUGCCGAGAGCGAGGACAGGAAUGCGGGGCUAGUCCUGGCUCCCUUACAGAAACAUGCCAGCGAGCCCAGGAGCUCACAGGCUCUGAACAACUGACUUACUGUCUGCUGUGAAAAAAACUACAUUUCGGUACAGGAAAGUGUGUUUUCUAGGGGCUGGUUGGGGGUUUUCCUAAGGUAAAUAGAGGGGUAAUUCCCUACAUCUGUAGUCAGUAAUGGGGCUUGGUGCACUCAGUGAUUGGACCUACACAACCUUCUUCAAGUCCAGGAAUAAGAUUUUCACAUUUUAAUGUUUUGUCCCAGUGCACUGAAGUGAGUAUAAGAAUUCACAUCGGUGUAUGAAAAUUGCAAACGUAUAAGCAAAACAAAUGAAAAUGUUCUGGUUAGUUUUAACUCAAACUGCUCUGCUAUUUAUAAAACAAUAACACAAAUAUUUUUAAUAACGGACAGUGUCUUAACAAAGUUAUCUGGUUUCAAGAUGUACCAUUUACUUACAGUAAAUCUCUGUAAAAUUUUCUUUCAAUUGUCAACAUGUGGUUCACCUCAAAAAAUGAUUUAGCUCUAUCCUGGAAGGGAAGAAUUUCCUGCUGGCUGAAGUGGUGCUAGGUAUAGCAUGCUUUGAGCUGCUUGCCUUUGAGAUAUGCAGCUGCUUGUUUGCUGUCAUGCAGUUUGCUUCCAGAAAUGUCUUGUACUUUACUUUUCCAUUCAUGUUUCCAGGGCUGUAAUGUUAAUCUCAGUAUUGUUUCUGAUGGAAGGACAAACCUACCUCAGGAACUGGUUUAAAGCCAUUGAUUUAAUAGAUAGAAAUUAAUAAUAGUGUCACUGCACUGAUUCUGAGACACUUGUCCCUUUAUUACAAAUAAUACAUUGAUUUCAAAUAAUAAAGUUUCUUUUACUUAUGAGCCAUAAGUUGAAUAUAAUUAUAUAUAGCCAGAAUUGUUUUCUGUUACUAGAGAGAAAAUGGUAGGAUAUCAAUACUGAUCAUAAGUGAAAUAUUUUUCUUUUCUAGAAAUCAGGUUUUGAAUCUAACAGUGUAUUGUCUAUAUUAUGUGAACAUAACCUAGAGAGGCACUGUGACUGUUGUGGCGAUAGAUUCUACCUCCUUUUAUUUGCUGCCAUCUCAUUUUUGUUUGUAUUAUGUGCCUUAUUAAGAAUGCCAAGGUUUGCAAGCCACUUCUCAUGAAUCAACUCUUUGGAGGUCUUUGUGUGAGGUUCAAGUACUGACUUACAGAAAGAAGGACCACACCCCAGACUAUCUGCAUAACUUAAAUUGAAAUGUUAUAUCUGGACUUUGGCACAGAAUUUACCAAGUACUGACUUCUAUUUGCUUGCAAGACUCAGUGGUAUUGCAACAGUGCUUUACUACCAUAACCUCAGAACACCAAAUUGUGGGUGAAAUGUUACUAUUUGAGUGAAGAGGAAAGAGUAAUUUUCAUUUCUCAGUGUCAUUCCUGGUUUUGUGUAGGUUAGAGAACAAUAUCCAGCUGCAAACAGGAAAGAAGCUUUGACGUCCUGAGUUCCUACUCGCAUGAUUCUGUGAGUCAUAUGGAUCAAACUGCCAGCUCCAAAAAUUGAGCUAAACUUUGGGGAAACUUCUCUGCAAAAUAUUGUCCUUCUUAUUCAGCCUAACACAAGUCAGUAAAUAAAUAAAUGUAGUAGGUAUAGGUGUGUUUCCUCACCUCUAAAUCACUUAUUUCCUCACUUCAAAUUCUCUAAGUCCUUUCUCUUCAAAGUUCAGCAUUUUUUAUUCACUUUCAAAACACAUUGCUGGGUCAUCAGGGAUUUUUGUCACUUCUUUGCUGAAGGUGAAGUCCAACACUGAAGCUUAUCUGCUGUGUCAUGCACUCUGCUGCCUGUGUUCUGCCAAAACAUGUAGCAUCUAAUAAAGCAUCAGUGGGAACAGUU